AUGGCCAGUUUAUCUGCAGCCAAGUUAUUGUAUGACUCAGGACUGGAUGUUGUAGUCUUAGAAGCCCAAGGCAGGGUUGGAGGCAGAACUUACACAGUAAGAAAUAAGCAUAUCAAGUAUGUUGACUUGGGAGGAGCAUAUGUGGGACCCACACAAAAUCGUGUAUUACGGCUGUCUAAGGAGUUAGGACUAGAGACUUACAAAGUGAACGAAGUUGAGCAUCUUAUUCAUCAUGUCAAUGGCAAAUCUUAUCCCUUCAAGGGGCCUUUCCCUCCAAUGUGGAAUCCCAUUACUUAUUUGGACUAUAACAAUCUAUGGAGGACAUUGGAUGAAAUGGGGAAAGAGAUUCCUAAUGAAGCUCCAUGGAAAGCACCACAUGCAGAGGAAUGGGACAAAAUUACCAUGGAACAGUUGCUAGAUAAAGUGUGCUGGACGAAUGCUGCCAAGAGAUUUGGUACUCUGUUUGUGAAUGUUGAUGUUACCUCUGAGCCACAUGAGGUUUCUGCUCUCUGGUUCCUGUGGUAUGUCAAACAGUGUGGAGGUACAGCCAGAAUAUUUUCAACAACCAAUGGAGGCCAGGAGAGAAAGUUCAUUGGAGGCUCUGGACAAAUUAGUGAAAAAAUUAUGGAAUAUCUGGGAAAACGAGUUAAAUUAGAGAAGCCUGUAACAUAUGUUGAUCAGACUGGUGGAAACGUGAUAGUAGAAACAUUGGGCCACGAAAGAUAUGAGGAGGCCUUACUCGCAGUCACUUAUGUCUUGGUCACUUAUUUUAUAGACUAUUUCAAUGUGCUUUUCAUCCUUGCCCGAAAGUGUAGAAGACUGAUUAAUCUCACCAAGGAAGAAAGGAAAACACAGAUCUGUGAGCUCUAUGCAAAGGUGCUGGGAACACAAGAAGCCUUACAUCCAGUGCACUAUGAAGAGAAGAAUUGGUGUGAAGAGCAAUAUUCUGGAGGAUGCUAUACAGCUUAUUUUCCACCUGGGAUUAUGACUCAGUAUGGAAGGAUUCUUCGUGAGCCAGUUGGGAGGAUCUUCUUUGCAGGUACUGAAACAGCUUCAGAAUGGAGUGGCUACAUGGAAGGUGCUGUUCAGGCUGGAGAAAGAGCAGCCAGAGAGGUACUACAGUCGAUGGGAAGAUAUUCAGGAGAAAUAUGGAAAUCUGAACCAGAAUCACCUGAUGUGCCAGCCCUGCCAAUAAUUGCAACAUUUUGGGAAAGGAAUUUGCCUUCUGUUCCUGGACUACUGAAAUUGAUGGGGUUCUCUGUUUUCUUUACAUCAGUGGCUGCAGCUGGGCUCUUUGCCUGUAAAAAGGAUCUCUUAGUGCGAAACUGAAAACAGAUGUGCUAAUAGGAAACUAUACAAUUUGGUUUGCAAAUUUAUAUACAUUAAUACAAUCAUUUCCCUCUCAUUUAGACUAGGGGUCCUCAACCUCUGGGCUGCAGCCCACUACUGGGCCAUGGCCUAUUUGGAGCUGGGCCACAUGACCAGCAGCCAGCACAUGUGUGCAUACUGCUUGACUUGUGUGAGCAGCGGGCUGACACGUUUGCGCGCGCACACACACAGUUCAACUUGCACAAGUCAAGCUGUGCACAUGUGUGUGGGCUGGCCGGCCACUUGCACAAGUCAAGCUGCAUGCCUGUGCCCCGACCUGCCACUCAAACUGCCUGGUUCCCCUCUCCCCACUCCCAGGUAGGCUGCAGCUACAAAGGCUGGGGACCACUGAUUUAGACUAUUGAUUGCAAUUAUCUUUAUUUUUCCUGUUCAAGAUGUCUUGAAAAUUGUUAUAGAGUUCAUCAUCCAUUUCCAAAGGCAGUACACAAGUUGGCUACUAUAAAAAUAAUAUAGUUGCCUGGAAUCCAAUUACAGGUGUAAUUGGAUUCCAGGCAGUCCUCAAGCUAUUCAUUUGGCAACCAUAGAGACUCUGCAGCAUCUCCUGUCCCUCUCCCCAUCCCCAUCCUGCCUGGGAAUCUACAUUUCUUCAAGAAAGAAACCAAAAAAAAAAAAAAAGCUGGGACAGAUUUGUUGAUCUUUCUUCCCCCACCAUUAGAGGCUGAAACUGCAUGCCUAGAAAGAGGGGGACAAAACCGGCAAAUUAGUUACUUUGAUGAGUGAGGAAGAAUAUUGUAGAGAAAGGGAAGGAAGCAAGUAAAGAAAAUCUUUUUGCAGCUUAUUUAUCUUCAGGAACUAAAGAAAAAAUUCAGUUCAAAAGGAAAAAAAUGUGCAGCACAAAUGUGCAGCAAAUGGCCAUGGGAGAAGUUGGGUCCUAAUGGGAGUCAGAUAGGCAGCAAAAACCAAACACCCAAAAAUGUUACUUAUGAGCUAUCUUUGAAAUUAUGACUGCUACACACAAGCACACACAUGCAGUCAUGUGAUUGCAUUUCACACAUUUGGUAAUCAGCUGCAUAUAUGAUCAGUUGCAGUAUCCUGUGGUCACAUAACCAGUUUGUGAUGUUUUUGCAGAUUUCUGUGUUUUUGCUGAUUAGUAACUAUGGUGACUCACUUUAUGAGAGUCACCAAUAAAAUUGAGUUAGGUGACAUGGUAAUUCACUUAACGAUUGCAACAACUUAUAACCAAAAUUCCAGGAUCGGUUAUGGUGGUUAAGUGAGGAUUACUUGCAUAUCUUAAACAGUUAUCCCAUUAUUUAGAAUCAGUGAAGAGCAAAUGGAAGAAUUUUUGAAUCUCUACAUGGCCUAUGAAACAGCUGUCUAGGAUUUUACUAACUUUUUAGGGUGUCAAGAAAUAUCUUUCAUAUUCUUUUUUUCUCAAAUAUGAUAAAUGAAUAUAUGUUGACUUUUUAAAAAUUCGAAUACCUUUUCUCAGGAUUAUAAUAUCCUUCUUAAAAAUAUAAUCACUCCCUUGCUUAGGAAGUGACAGACAUAAAGAGAUGUAAUUUUGAAAAAUGUUUAGCUAUAGUAUUAGAAUGUUUUUCCCUUGUCUUCUGCUUCCUCCAAAAUGCUUUUGGAUGAGAUCCCCUUCAUUUCCUACCUGACAUUAAUGUAUUAUGAUAGAUUGAAAGGAUUUCUUAAUAUCAUGUUUUGGCUCGCUCCUCAUUUGAUAAUAUUCAAGUGGCUGGUAGAAGCAUGCACUGGAGGAAAGGGCCCUAAGGCCAUUAUUCAUUCUGCGGCAGAAAAUGGGACAGAUCUCUUAAAUAAUGUGUUAGUUAACCAUAGAAAUUAAUAGGAAAUUAAGAAUGUUGGUUUUCUCCUUCAGAAAGUGAGUAACCUCUUGCAAAGUUUGGUUAUACUGUUUGCAGGAUCUUUUCAGUCUUUUUCAGGAUCAGGACUGCUGCUUAAAGGGUUAAAAGUCAGAAUAAGCUGCAGCCCAGAAAUAGUUAUCUUGCUUUUUGACUCAGAGUAUCCAGAUUUUGCACAUUCCUAUUUUAGGAUUACUUCUUCCUAACAGUUCCACAAUUUCUAAAGAGUGUGCUGUAUAAUAUUUUUUACUGAUAUAAAAUACCAUAAACAAAGGAGCAUAAUGUAUGCCUUCUACUGCUGUUGUUUGUCUGAUAUAUAUUCUUACUAUUUCAUAAUUUUGUGAGCCUUUUGUGAUUACAAAGAAAAGAACAAUACUUCAGGAUUCUCUCCAGGAUCCAAUUUCAGGUAGAUAAAAAUCCUUUUCCCCGUUAGCUUUCCUUCCUAACACUUCAUCAGUAGACUCUAUUGGAGACUUUUUCUAUGUUCUUUCAAGAAUCAGGAGCAGCUUUUAAAAGGAGAGAUCUCUCUACCUCCCAAUUCUGUGGCUUAUGAAUUAAGUCUGCAGAAGAUUUAGAGUUUUUGAGAAAGAGAAAAGUUGAUUUUAUUUCUAAAAAAAUGUUUUGGUUAUACUGCUAUGUAUAGAUUUAUAUCAAUGAAGUGAUUUGCACAUAUAACAAACCUCUAAGGUAGAUUUGUCCUCUUUCUAUUUGACUCUUCUUGGAUUGUCCUUCUCAGAUGAUUGCAUCUGAGGGACUGCAGACUUCAUAGAAAGCAAUUUCAUUGAAAUGGCUCUCAUUUUGAAUAAAGAUACUUGGAAUUGCACUGUUUAGUAUUUUUAAAUUAAGUACUCUAGUAAUCAGAUGCUAAAUACUGAAACAUAUUUAAUAAAAGUGUGCCUUCUCAGGAUCACACUAAAGUCUUCAUUUAAUAAGUAGCAUUAUAACACUUUUUUUCUCAGUCUCUUUCUCAUAAAAAGUAAUAGUGUAGAUCAGGACUCAAGAAAUUUAAGAGAACCCAUUUUUCACUUGGGGGUAGGAGUAAGGAAGAAGCCUCUUAAUUUCAGUGAGGUGAUUUUAAUAUGCUGGUUAUAGAUAUAGAAGGUCAGGAUUAGUUUGGGUCCCAUGUUUACUUCUCAGUCUGAAAAAAGAGCAAGCAUUGUCUGUUACCAUGUAAUAAAAAUAACAUUCUAGUUUUUUAUAGCCUUAUGCCCUUUAAUGGCUUGAGGACUAACAGUAACUUUAGAAGAUGGCUGAAAUCUGGGAAUUUCAAGAAUUAUCUGCAGAGUGCCAGGCUAGAGGAGUCUGGGCUAUCCCAUGGUAUGUUCUGACUAGCAGAGGCUUUCCAAAGUCUCAAACACAGGAUUCUCUCAGGUCUGUUACAUGAAAUGUUACUCGUAACAUAAAAGUUACACAAGAUGGACCUUGAAGUCCUAGUAGACAGUCACUUAAAUAUGAGUCAGCAGCGUGUGAUAGCAACCAAAAAAGGCUAAUGCAAUUCUUGGUUGUAUAAAUAGAGGCAUAGAAUCAAAAUCUAUUAUUAUUAUAGACGUAUUAGUACUGCUUUAUAAAGCCUUAGUAAGGCCACAGCUGGAAUACUGCAUCCAGUUUUGGUUACCACAUUACAAAAAAGGUGUUGAAACGUUGGUAAAAGUGCAAAGAAGAGCAACUAAGAGGAUUAAAGCUGGGAGACUAAAACAUAUGACAAAUGGCUGCGGGAUUUGGGUUUGGCUAGUCUAGAGAAAAAAAGGACUAGGGUGGAUAUGAUAGCAGUAUUCCAGUAUUGAGAGGCUGCCACAAACAGGAGGGGGUCAACUUAUUUUUCAAAGCACCUGAAGGCAGGGCAAGAAACAAUGGAUGGAAACUAAUCAAAGAGAGAAGCAACCUGAAAUUAAGAUGAAAUUUCCUAACAGUGAGGACAAUUAAGCAGUGAAACAGGUUGCCUUCAGAAGUUGUGGGUGCUUCAUCACUGGACGUUUUUAAGAAGAGACUGGACAGUCACUUGUCUGAAACAGGGGGCUGGACUAGAAGAUCUUCAAGGUUCCUUCCAGCUCUAUUCUGUUUGAUUGAUUGGUUGAAAUCAUUUUAAAUAAACCAGAAAAAAAAUGCAAAGGAAAGCAUCAAAGUAAACUUUAUCAAAACUGGCAUUGUUUUGUGCCUCUUUCUUCCCUCUCUUAAAUACCCACCAUAAGCAACAAAUGGAAUAACAUCACAGCUUUAGUGAUGACAUCAUAGCAUUAUUAUCUCAGAGAACUUCCUACUGUCUGCAAAUGACAUGAGAUAGUAGUGAAAUGUACAACUGUUGAUGUCACUGAAUAUAUUAAUGAAAUUAGAUAACAACCCAGAUGUUUGGUAUGCAGACAUAAUCUUGGAGUUUCUUAUAAUAUCAAUUUGGAUAUAAAUAAAGAGCAUUCAGUUACCAAGGAAUUGUUGCACAUUUGCUAAAAUUUUAAAUUUUGAACAAACUACUUGAAGAGUACGAUAGUUUGUGCUUUUGUUCUUCUAUAAUGCCACAAGAAAAGACAUGGUGGUAGGAAAUUCUGGCAUUUGUGUACAUCAAGACAUCAGGAGGUUGGCAAAGGCUACACUUAAUAAGCAGUUGUCUAUAAUGAAUAUGACUAUGAGUAAGAAUGCAACCUUUAAAUUCUUGGGAGGAGUUGAACUGAGGAACUCAGAUAUAACUCUCAUGAUUAAAUAGGAUUGUAUUUAGGAAGUCUGCUUCAUUUGUAGCUAAGCUCUAAGACGGCAGUUAUAAAAAUCCACUCCCAACAUUGCUUCCCCCUUCCCCACAUGCAUUAAAAUAUAUGACAAAUACUGAGAACAUAUUUCCUUAUUCAUUUUAUUUGUCAUUUUCUUCCUCAUUUCAUGAGAUGGGUGAAAGCUGAAAUUAACAAAGAAAAUGAAAUUGCUGAGCAAUUUUUUUUUUUAAAAAAAAUUAGCUCUUAGUUUUGGAUGUAGUUUGGAUUGUAUAAACUGACCUAAUCUAUGGGCUUUGCUGGAAGAUCCUGCUUUAGGCAAAAGGCUGAACUGAUUGAAGUUCUGGCCUUCCUAACUAUGUUUUUAUAACAUUUCUCAGAAGCAAGUCCAAUACUUCAGUGGUAAUUUAUAUUGCAAUCCAAUGCAAGAGUCAAAGGAACAGAAAGAAUACAAAAGGUUGAUGUGGGGAAACCAAAGGCAAAAGUUCAUCAACUGCUUGGCCUUGUUUCUUGUUUGAAAAGAACAAAAUCAGAAGCUGGCCUGGAUCUAAAGAUAGCUUCUCUCUCACUUUCCCUGCAGUCAGGCAAUUCGCCUUUCAGAACUGCUAGAAGAGCAGGGCUUUACUUGGGAUGAGCAGAACCAGCUAACCUGCUUCCUGGCAGUUCUUUGAUUCUAGAAAUAAUUUAGAUAUCCUUGGAUUAUCCUAAACUGUUAGACUUAAGAAAAACAGAUUCUAAUGUUUGUUUCAUCCUGCUAUUUUUUAACUACCAUAACAAAGAAACACACACAUCCACACAAUUGUAUUAUUUAUUUUAUAAAAUUUUAAAAGCAGAAACUAAUUAAUGAUUGGGAGAAAAUAAAUGGAGAAGAGUUAAAAAGAGUGUUUGGAAAAUUAUAGCCUCUGUGAAGAAAGGAAAGGAAAGAAAGGAAAGGAAAGGAAAGGAAAGGGAAGGGAAGGGAAGGGAAGGGAAGGGAAGGGAAGGGAAGGAAGGAUGAGAAGAAAUAUAGCCUGAAAACUAACUGAAGGAGGAACAAAGUAGAAUAGGAAUGAGGAUAAUAUCACCAAACAUACAUUGGUUAUAGUUUGUUUACAGGAGGCAGUGAUAUUACAACCUGGGAGCAAAAUUUGAAGGGCAAUGAAGUAUAAUUUUAAGUAAUACCAUGUAUAAAUUUUGUCAUUGUUGCCAUUUCUCAUGGUAUUGCCAUUCAUCCAGAAGGCUACAGUUGGAUUGAUCCUAAGCUUCAUUAACAGAAAUAUUAAUUACUAAAUCUGAUAUUCUCCCUUCCUUACCAAGGUUUUUAUGUGAAGCAUCAAAAGGUUUUAAUUCUUGUUCCUGAUUUUGAUAGUUGUCACGAUGACAACAAUCUUUGCAAUAUAAUUGAACUCUUAAACUAUAUAUUGCAGCAAAGCUUCAUGGAAAUUUUGGAAACAAGGGUAAAAUAGGUUAGAAACAUCUAUCCUACUUGGAUCAGUUAAAUAUUAUCCCAAUGUUCUCCUUUUCACAACUUUCAGGAUUUAUUUUAAGUAAAAUAAACAGUCGUACUGUUUAUUAGUCCAAUGGUGGAUUUUGAGCUAUUUUGUUCACUUGUGACAAAGCAUUUUUAAAGUAUUUAGUUUAAUCUAUAAAUCUUGUUUAUUGAAAAAAGUGUAAGAUUAUAUACAUGACAGGCAAAAAUGCAUAUGAAUUAUUAGAUCUCCAGAAGGUUCAUUCAGUCAGUCUCUUGAUGUGAAUUGGCUAGUUAAAUGUCUUCAGAAAGUUCACAGAAAAGGCAGAAUAGAGCUCUCUUUUAAAACUAAGAACAAUCACUACUUCUAAAUAACCAAUUAAUGGCAAUUAACAUAAGGAAUAAUUUAAAUAUUUUAAUAAGUGACUAUUCUUUGGCAAAUAUUAUUGGAAAUAUGUUUUUAAAACUUUCAUUGAGUGAGAAAGGUACAAUAUAUGCUGUUGUAAUUUAUUUUAAAACAAAUGGAAUUACGUCUAUAUAUUUUUCAUCAGGUUGCCCAUCUCUAUUUGACUAUAGAAUCAUCAUUUUGAUAGGUCUUGAUGGGUCAGUGUGCAAACAUUUUUUAUGUUGAAAUGUGCAUCCAGUCCUAGAAUGGACAGCAAACAAAAUCCCUAUGCAGAGUAUUGAAGCCAAGAAUUCUUGAGGGAGUCAAAUCAUGUGCUUCACAUAUGCAUGCAUGCACUCAGACUAUAAGUCACAUAUACAUGAUAAUUUUAAAAGCCACUGAUACUAUAUACUGGUAUCCUAAUUUGGAUAUGUUUUGGCUAAAAUAUGCACCAAGAAACUAGCACAUUUAAUUUCUGCCGAGUCUCUUUUUCUCUAUUCAAAGAAAGUGCUCACAGCCCACAAUGUAAGAAAAACUUGGGUAAAACUUUUCACUUGUAUCCAUAGCAUAUGAAGAAGCAGGUUUCUAAAACUGAAUACCCAUUUUUAAGUGAUAAAAGUAAACAUUUAUUCUAAGAAAGAGAAUUCUUCAUGUACUUAAAUUGUACUGCAAAAGCUAAUCCACAGGAGAAAGGCAGUUGUCUUUGCAAUUCUAAACAGUGCAAUUAAAAGUUACAAUUUUCCAUUAAGUAAAUUUUAUAAUUGACUAAAUGUAAUGUUCCUUCCAGCCUCUAUUCCAUAAAACUUUCUUCUGUAAUGCGUUGCCAUUCCAGAGGAAAUUAAAAAAAAUAUUCAAAAUAGGAUUUUUUUUAACUUUUAAUGAAAUACCUUGUGUCCUAAAACUGUUGUUGAGCCAUUUGCCACUCUGAUUAUUGUCAUGUUUGCCUUUUGUAAAACUAAAGUGACAGUCCAAUUGCAAGAUAUGGAUUUUGUGAUUGUGCCUUAUAUAAUUGUGCUGUUUUUCUAAAAGUGCCUCUGUGGUGAUUGUGUUCAUGAAAUCCAUUAUGUUCAUUUUCCUAUUAAAUAUGUGUUAUGUAUAUUUUUAUCUGGCACCGUGAAGUUUUUUAAACUCAUACUCAAAAGAAUAAACAUUAUCACUUUC